AGGCCAAGAGGGGGGCCCCUGGAGGCCCGGGAGGCCCCCCUGAGGGCACGGGGGGGGCCCCUGAGGAUUCUAAAAGGGUACCAAAAGAGGAAGCUGCUGCUGAGCUGCAGCAAAUCUCCAGAGGGGAAGAGGGGCCCCAGAAGGAGGGGGCCCCCACAGCUGGAGGCCCCAGGGAGGGGGCCCAAGGGGCCCCCCGAGCUGGGGGCUUCAGUACCCCUCUGGGGGCCCCGGGGGCCCCCACAGCUUGGGCCUCUAGGGAGGGGGCCCUAGGGGCCCCCAUAGAGAAAGGGGCCCCACAAGAAGAGGGAGCCCCUGGGGAUGAAGGGGCCCCCAAAGAGAAAGAGAAAGGGGCCCCUGAGGAGGAGGGGGCCCCCAAACAGAAGGGGGCCCCUAAAGAAGGGGCUCCUAAAGAAGAAGGGGCCCCCAAAGAAGAAGGGGCCCCCAAAGAAGAAGGGGCCCUCAAAGAAGAAGGGGCCCCCAAGGAAGAAGGGGCCCCCAAAGAAGAAGGGGCCCCCAAAGAAGGGGCCCUUAGGGAAGAAGGGGCCCUUGAGGAUGAAGGGGGGCCCCCCGAGGCCCCUGAAGAGAAGGGAGCCCCUGAAGCGAAGGGGGCCCCUAAGGAAAGACCCUUUGAUGAUGGGGCCCCCUUGGGGGCCCCCCUUGAAGAACAGGGGCCCCCGCCUGCAGCAGCAGGGGGGCCCCCUGAGGGCUUGGGGGCCCCCAGAGGAGCAGCUGGGCCUAAGAAUGGUGCUGCUGCAGCAGCAAAAGAAGCCCAUAAGGGAGCAGCAGCAAACCAAAGGGCCCCCGGGGAGAGGGGGGCCCCCUUGGGGGCCCCCAAGAGGAGUGGGGGAGGCCCAGAGGAGGCCCCCAAGAGCAGCAGCAGGCCGGCAGCUGAGGCCCUGAAGAAGCGGGGGGCCCCCGCAGCAGCAGCAGCAGCAGCACCUGCUGCUGCUGCAGCAGCGCCAACUCGAGCCAGUCUCUUGAAGCAGCAACACAGCAGAGGCAAAGAGGCCCCACAAACUUUGCUACUAAGGGCAAAGAGUUCCACAGCAGCAGCUCAGGGGCCCCUGUACAGAAGCGCCACUCAGUAG